AUGUUCUCAGACUCCAACGAAAACAAAGCUCGUAAUCUCGAAGUCUUCGCCGACAAGGCAGCUCUUCUUCUAAAAUGGUGGAAGCCCGAGGAUGUGGAGGAAGAGAUGCCCAGGACCGGUCACUACUUUUUGCACAUCUACAAAAAGGUGGCAAAGGCCGACGAUUGGAAGACUUCGGCCCAAAUGGAGUUUCGAUCUCCCGCCAGCUCUUCGCUUUACUGCUUGACGAAUGGAGAUGUCGGACAACGAGAUUCGCAAAAGAAACGCCUCACUGUUUGUCUACGAUCGGACAAAAUACAAAAGUGCUCCGUUGAAGAGAAUGGCAGCUGGAAAACGCUUCCAUGGCAGAAGCCAGAAGGAUGUGUCGACAUUCCGCACAAGUAUUGGAGAGUAUGA